AUGGAGAAGCACCGCUGUCUUGCAUCCGCACUGGAUUGGGAGAGUUCGAUUCUGCAGUGGGAAAUGUCGCGAUGGAGUGAAUCCAUUUACAGCGAGCCAAACACUUCUAGAGGAUCUUGUCGUGGAUUUCUUUCCGAAUUGGACUCAUGUCUUUACGAAGGAGUUCCCAUGGAAGAUGCGAAAUUGGAUGCGGAGGCUCGCGAAUGGGCGGCCAGGUUUUUGCAUCUACGUGUGUUGGGUGUUAAGUGUGGAAUACCGUCGAGUACAAGUCAUGGAGAUAUUCGUCAUCCCAAUACAAAUCCAGUCACAAAUACCUGGCAUGAGAACAAUGGACAACUCCUCUCGAGGACAGAAGUGAAUCGUCGCAAAACGAUGUUACCAUCAAAAAAGAGUUCAAAGUCUGCAGUUCCUCAACGUUCUACAGAUGAACAUUUGCCAAAGGUGUUGAAUCCGAGAACAAAGUGA